AUGGAUCAACAACAAUUCCUCGAGCUCUUACAGGGUGUCCAAAUUCCUGAUACCGAACGUGUCAAGGCCGCAACCACAGAAUUAAGAAAGAACUACUAUCCAAAUCCAGAAUCCCUUCUUUGGCUUAUCGAGAUCUUCAUUUCCCAUGGAGAUCAAGCAAUCCAACAACAAGCCUCCGUCGAAGCUCAGCGCUUGGUUAAGAAGCACUGGAAAGAUAUCUCAGAUGCUCAAAAACAACAAAUCCGAGAACAACUUCUACAAAAGACAUUAAAUGAGGAGGUUAAAUUGAUCAGACACUCUGGUGCUCGUGUUAUCGCUGCUAUCGCUGGUGAAGAUAUCGAGAACGGACAAUGGGCAGAUCUUCCAGAUACUCUCGCACAAGCCGCAGGCUCUCCCCAAGUCUCACAUCGUGAGGUCGGAGUUUUCAUUCUCUUUACCUUACUCGAGACCGCUUCGACUUACUUUGCUGAACAAACUCCUGUUCUCUUCUCUAUUCUCGGCAAGACCAUCCACGAUCAAGAGAGCACUGAUGUACAAAUCAACACUCUAAUCUGUCUUGGAGCUGUUGCUACAAUGCUCGAGCCAGAUGAGGACCCAGAGAGUUUGAGACUCUUCCUUGAGAUUUUCCCACAUAUGGUCAAUGUCUUGAAGAAGUUCAUCGAUUCCAAGGAGGAGGACCGCACCGUACAAGCUUUCGAGGUUUUCCAAACUUUGUUGGGUUGUGAGUCGGCUUUGAUCGCCCCUCACUUCAAGGACCUUUGCAACUUUAUGCUUGAAAUUGCCGCGGAUACCAACAACGAAAACGAUGCUAGAACCCAAGCUUUAUCCUUCCUUAUGCAAUGCACCAGAUAUAGAAAGAUGAAGAUUCAAGGCACCAAGGAUUUGGGUGAGAAGAUCACCAUGACGAGCAUGAAAAUCGCCACAGAGCUUGAGGAUGAUGACGAUGAAGAUGACGAGACUUCCCCAGCUCGCUCUGCAUUGGGCCUCCUCAGUUUACUCGCUGAAAGCUUGCCACCUCGCCAGGUUAUCGUUCCUCUCCUCAACGCUCUUCCACAAUUCUCGAGCCACCAAGAUCCAAGAUACCGACAAGCAGGUAUCCUUGCACUCGGCAUGUGUGUUGAAGGUGCACCAGAUUUCGUCGGUACUCAAAUGGAUAGUUUCUUGCCUAUUGUUUUCAAGCUUCUCGAGGACCCAGAAAGUGGUGUCAGACAUGCGGCUCUCAACGGUGUUGCAAGAUUGGCAGAUGAUCUUGCUGAGGAUCUCCAAAAGACUCACGAGCAUCUCAUUCCUGCCCUUCUCAAGAACCUCGAUGCUGCUAUGCAACAUGCAGCUGCCGGAAAUAACGACAAACAGACUCUUGAUACUAUGAAGGCAUCAUGUGGCGCUUUGGACUCUUUGACCGAAGGUAUGGAUCAAGAUAUCGUCAAGAACUACCUCCCAACUCUUGUCCCACGCCUCACUCAAUUGUUGGACCACCCCGAUGUCGGUGUCAAGUCUGCUUCCGCAAGUGCUCUUGGAUCUGUCGCGAGCUCUUCCGAGCAGGAGUUCCUUCCAUUUUUCAAGGACACCAUUGAGAAGUUGGCACAAUUUGUCGAGUUGAAGUCAAGUAAUGAUGAGCUUGAUCUCCGUGCUACUGUCUGUGAUUCUAUUGGCAGCAUGGCACUAGCUGUUGGUGCUCAGGUCUUCCAACCUUACGUCAAGCCAUUGAUGCACGCAAGUGAAGAAGCUUUACACCUUGAUCACCCCCGCUUGAAGGAAACCAGUUACAUUCUCUGGAGUACCUUGGCAAAGGUUUACGAGGAGGAGUUCACACCCUUCUUAGAAGGAGUUGUUACUGCUUUGGCUGCUUGUCUGGAUCAAGAAGAAGACGACCACGAAGUUCAGCUCGGUGAGCAUGCCAAAGAAUUGCUUGGCCAAGAAGUCAUUGUUGCUGGCAAGAAGGUCAAGGUCGCUGGUCCUACAGAUAUCGACGAUCUUGAUGACAUGGACGAUGAUGAGGAAGACGAAGACUGGGAUGAUCUUACCGCCGUCACCGCUAUAGCUAUGGAGAAGGAAGUUGCAGUCGAAGUUAUCGGUGACAUCCUCACACAUACUCGUCAACACUAUAUGCCUUACUUUGAGAGAACCAUCGAGGCUAUCUCACCAUUAGUUGAGCAUUCUUAUGAAGGUGUUAGAAAGACUGCCAUUAGCACAAUGUGGAGAGCCUACGCUUGCCUUUACAGUAUGAUGGAGGAUAAGACCGGAACAAAGUGGACCCCUGGUCUACCUAUGGCAGUUCAACCAACUCCUGAGUUGAUCAAGAUGGGAGAGAUUGUUACAACUGCAACAAUGUCCCUGUGGGAGGAUGAAUAUGAUCGUGGUGUCGUUACUGAUAUCAAUCGCAACGUUGCCUCUACCUUGAAGCUUUGCGGUCCAGCUAUCUUGGCCCAGCCAAACUUUGCUGAAGCCAUCAAGAACGUCAUCUUUGCUGUCAUCAUGCGUCUUCACCCUUGUCAACAGGAUCUCGGUGAUGAGCUUGAGUCUCCCGAUGAGGAUGAUGCCGAGUCAUCCGAGUAUGACUGGCUGGUCAUUGACACUGCUCUUGACCUCACCUCAAACCUUGCUCUUGUCCUCGGAGCUCAAUUCGGUGAAAUCUUCAAGGAGUUCGAGAAGCCUCUUAAGAAGUUCGCCUCUUCCAACACUCCAUUUGAGCGCUCCACCGCAAUUGGUGUCAUGGCCGAAAUCACUGGUCACAUGGGCUCAGCUAUCACACCAUUCACUGCAUCCCUUUUGCCUGUCCUCCUUAAGCGCCUCUCCGAUACCGACCCUGAAGCCAAGUCCAACGCUGCAUACGGUGUUGGUCUCUUGAUCUUCCACUCCCAAGAUAGCGCUACCUACCUCCCAUCAUACAACACUAUCCUUGGCAAACUCGAGCCACUCCUCCAAACUAGCCACGCCCGCUCCAUCGAUAACGCCUGCGGAUGUGUCUCUCGUAUGAUCAUGGCUCAUCAAGAUGCCGUUCCUCUCGCCGAUAUCCUACCAGUCAUGGCCGGAUUAUUGCCACUCAAGGAAGACUACGAAGAGAAUGAGCCUAUCUUUGAAAUGGUUGCCGGACUUUACAGUCAAAGCAACCAAACAAUCUUGCAGCUUACUCCAAAGUUGAUUCCAGUAUUUGCUGCGGUUCUCGGUGAGCCAACUGAGCAACUGGAAGUCGAGACUAGAGAAAAGGUCAUUGGUAUUGUCAAGUUUGUUGGUGGAAGCCACCCGGAGUUGUUGAACGGUUUCGAGGGAUUGAAGCAAUUGUGCUAA